CUACUCAAUCUCACCCCUCAAAAUCCCCCACCAAAUCUGAACCUCCAAUUUUUUGGCCAUGUCGUCGUCUUCGCCUUCCCUCCUCUCAUCGCGGCUCCCCUCCCCCGCCGCCACCCUCUUCACAAAGAAGCCGGCUUCCCUGCGCUCCGUUUCCUCUGCGACGGCGAGGCACGGGGUUCGGUUAGUGGUAGCCGCGGCGUCGGCGGCCGCAGCGGCACCGGUGUCCGCCGCGCAGGUAAGACCGUCGGCAGCGGAGGUAGCGCGGACGGUCGUGGAGCUUGCCGCGUCUGGGACGCUCUCCGUGGUGGGCCCCGACGGCUGGCCUCUCGGCGUCGGCGCGCGCUUCGUCACGGAUGCUGCCGGUGCCCCCGCGCUCUGUCUGGCUGCCGCGGGGGUCGCCGCGCCCGAUGCGCCGUCCAGCUUCCACGUCGAGUUUCGACAGAGUGGGGCUAGGACACCACAAUGUACUAUGCUUGGUGCCUUAACUAAGCCUAGUGACAUGUCUGUAUUGAAGAAGCUUUCUACUAGGUGGCAAAAGAAAUUUGGGGAAGAGAUUGAUCAAGAUCUUUUGUAUUUAAUAUCUGUUGAUCGGAUCUUGCACAUGGAAGAUUUUAAUGAGGAUGGCAUGUGGGUAGUUCCAUCAGAGUACACAAGUGCAGAACCUGAUCCUCUACGCAAUUUUGCUGAAAACAUUGUGGAGGAAUUUAACAGCAAAAAUGCUGAAGACGUCCAUAGGAUAUACAACAUAUAUGUCGAAUCAGAUUUACAGGUGGCAGAUGUGAAGAUCAUAUGGGUUGACAGGUUAGGUUUCGACUUUCAUGUUCAUUCUGGGGAAGGUGUCUUUGCUGUUCGGAUCCCUUUUUCACGGGAGGUCACUGAUGAGAAGGGGGUAAAAUCAUCAUUCAACAUGAUGUCUCAUCAUGCCUGGGAGGUGGAAAAGAGCUAUGCCAGUCCAGAGUUUGAGAAAGUACAGUUCUUGAAGAAGGUCAGAUAGCAGUGCGAAUUCUAUUUCUGUGGUCCAUUAUUUUUUGUUAUUCAGAGGAGUAUAGUGCGGAGUUUUGGUUCCUCUUAACAUGUAUUGUUUGUCUUAUAUAUUGGUCAUCAUUUUUUGUACCAAAUACAUUUGAUGCAAUUGACAUCAUGAAUUAUGUGAUAGAAAUUUAUUUGAGAAGAGCAAUGAAUUUUGACUGUAAGAAUAACUCUGGACCGUGAGAUGGGAAGUAAAUUAGAUCUCACAUGAAAA